GAGCCCCACCGGCGGCGGCGGCGGCCUCCGAGCCCCGUCUCCCCGCUCGGUGCUCGGGAUAAGCCCGCUCGCAGCCGGCCCGCAGCGCUCCGGCUCGCCGGGCUCAGCCUUGCCCUCUCUCCUUCCCCUGCUCGCCGCCCCCCCCCGCCUCGAUCCCCUCCCGCCCCGGGGAGCCGGCGGCGGGUGGGUGCGAGGUCGGGGCUCCCGGGCACCCCGCCCCUCGCCGGCGGGGCCGUCGCUGUGCUGCCGGCUGCCGCCGCCGCCGGGGUAUUGAUUUGUAUGUGCUGCUCCCGGCGCCGGCCGCUCCCGCUGGAGCCAGGGCAGCGCCUCCCGUAGCUUCCCCCCAAACAUGUCGGCUCCCGCCGGGCCCCGGGGCGGCCCUGCGCCUCCUCAGCCGCUGCCGGCGCCUCAGCCCGAGAUGCCCGACCUCAGCCACCUCACGGAGGAAGAGAGGAAGAUCAUCCUGGCCGUCAUGGACCGCCAGAAGAAGGAAGAGGAGAAGGAGCAAUCCGUGCUCAAGGUCAAAGAAGAGCAAAAACCACAGCUGACACAGUGGUUUCCCUUUAGUGGGAUCACUGAGCUGGUAAAUAACGUUCUUCAACCACAGCAAAAACAGCAAAAUGAAAAGGAGCCCCAGACAAAAUUACAUCAGCAGUUUGAAAUGUAUAAGGAGCAAGUGAAGAAGAUGGGCGAAGAAUCACAGCAGCAGCAGGAGCAGAAGGGUGAUGCCCCAACUUGUGGCAUCUGCCACAAAACAAAAUUUGCUGAUGGCUGUGGCCAUAACUGUUCAUAUUGCCAAACUAAAUUCUGUGCACGCUGUGGAGGAAGAGUGUCUUUACGGUCAAAUAAGGAGGACAAAGUGGUAAUGUGGGUAUGUAACUUGUGCCGAAAACAACAAGAAAUCCUCACAAAAUCCGGAGCCUGGUUUUAUAACAGUGGAUCAAACGCACCACAGCAGCCUGACCAAGAAGUUAUCAGAGGUCUGCGGAACGAGGAAGCACCUCAAGAGAAAAAGGCAAAGCUGCAGGAGCAUUCGCAGUACCAAGGUCCGCCAGGUGACAUAUCCACGCAAGGUUUGGACAAAAGUAGAUCUCAAGGGCUCACCAGACAAGACUCGAUUAAGAAUGGUUCAGGAGUAAAGCACCAAGUAACAAGCGACACAACAUCAGACAGGAAAAGAAGCCCAUCAAUAUCAAGAGAACAGAACAGAAGAUACGACCAAAGGGAAGAGAGAGACGAAUACUCACAGUAUGCUCCAUCAGACAGUGCGAUGCCCAGGUCACCAUCAGAUUAUUCAGAUAGGCGGUCGCAGCGUGGGCCACAGUUAUAUGAAGAACCUGAACUGGGUGAUUAUAGGGAUUCCAACAGGAGGAGUCGCAGGCGUUCCAAGGAGUAUCCAGUAGAAGAGGAGGAUGCACAGAACAGAGAAGAAUAUGAAAGGCAGCGGAGAGAAGAGGAAUACCAGGCACGAUACAGAAGUGAUCCUAAUUUGGCUCGUUACCCAGUCAAGCCACAACCGUAUGAGGAACAAAUGCGUAUCCAUGCUGAAGUGUCCCGAGCACGACACGAGCGGAGACAUAGCGAUGUCUCAUUGGCAAAUACCGAAUUGGAGGAUUCCCGGAUAUCUAUGCUGAGGAUGGAACGACCAUCAAGGCAAAGAUCUGUGUCUGAGCGCAGAGCUGCCAUGGAAAAUCAACGUUCAUACUCUAUGGAAAGAACUCGAGAAGCUCAGGGACCAAGUCCCAAUCGUCAGAGGACCACAAAUCAUAGCCCUCCUACACCUAGGAGGAGUCCAAUUCCUCUGGAAAGACCAGACAUGAGGCGCUCUGAUUCAUUAAGGAAACAACACCAUUUGGAUCCCAAUUCUGCCGUACGGAAAACAAAACGUGAAAAGAUGGAGACCAUGUUACGGAAUGAUUCACUCAGCUCAGACCAGUCUGAAUCUGUCAGACCUCCACCACCAAAGCCCCAUAAAACAAAAAAGGGAGGUAAAAUGCGCCAGGUUUCUUUAAGUAGCUCAGAAGAAGAAUUGGCAUCCACUCCAGAGUACACGAGUUGUGAUGAUGUGGAGAUUGAAAGUGAAAGUGUUAGUGAAAAAGGGGACAGUCAAAGGGGAAAAAGAAAAACUAGUGAGCAGGCAGUUUUGUCGGAUUCUAACACCUUAUCCGAGAGACAAAAGAAAAUGGUGUGUUUUGGUGGCCACUCUUUGGAAGAGGAGGACUUGGAAUGGUCUGAGCCUCAGAUAAAAGACUCUGGGGUAGAUACGUGUAGUAGCACAACUCUAAACGAGGAACAUAGCCAUAGCGAGAAGCAUCCGGUAACUUGGCAACCAUCCAAAGAUGGAGACCGUCUCAUCGGUCGGAUUUUGUUAAAUAAACGACUGAAAGAUGGAAGUGUGCCGAGGGACUCGGGAGCAAUGCUUGGAUUGAAGGUAGUAGGAGGAAAGAUGACUGAAUCAGGUCGACUCUGUGCAUUUAUCACCAAAGUUAAAAAAGGAAGCUUAGCUGAUACAGUGGGGCAUCUUAGACCAGGUGAUGAAGUAUUAGAAUGGAAUGGAAGGCUACUACAAGGAGCCACCUUUGAGGAGGUAUAUAACAUCAUUUUAGAGUCCAAACCUGAGCCACAGGUGGAGCUUGUUGUUUCAAGACCAAUUGGGGAUAUUCCCAGAAUACCUGACAGCACACAUGCACAGCUGGAGUCCAGUUCUAGUUCAUUUGAAUCUCAGAAAAUGGACCGGCCUUCUAUUUCAGUGACUUCUCCUAUGAGUCCCGGCAUGUUAAGGGAUGUUCCACAGUUCUUGUCUGGACAACUUUCAAGCCAAAGCCUUAGUAGAAGAACAACGCCUUUUGUUCCUAGGGUUCAGAUAAAACUAUGGUAUGACAAGGUUGGUCAUCAGUUAAUAGUGACAAUAUUGGGAGCAAAGGAUCUUCCUUCAAGGGAAGAUGGGAGGCCAAGGAAUCCUUAUGUUAAAAUUUACUUUCUUCCAGACAGAAGUGAUAAAAAUAAAAGAAGAACAAAAACAGUAAAGAAAACAUUGGAACCUAAGUGGAACCAGACAUUUAUUUAUUCUCCAGUUCAUCGGAGAGAAUUUAGAGAACGAAUGUUAGAAAUUACUCUUUGGGACCAAGCAAGAGUUCGAGAGGAAGAAAGUGAAUUUUUAGGAGAGAUUCUUAUCGAGUUAGAGACAGCGUUACUAGAUGAUGAACCUCACUGGUACAAACUUCAAACACAUGAUGUCUCUUCAUUGCCACUUCCCCAUCCCUCACCAUAUUUGCCACGCAGACAACUCCAUGGCGAGAGUCCCACACGGAGGUUACAAAAUAAAGGCUUAUAUUCAUAUAAUUCAGGGUCCAAAAGAAUCAGUGACAGUGAAGUCUCUGAUUACGACUGUGAUGACGGAAUUGGUGUUGUUUCAGAUUAUCGACAUAAUGGGAGAGAUCUUCAGAGUUCAACGCUAUCAGUGCCAGAACAAGUUAUGUCAUCUAAUCAUUGCUCUCGAUCAGGAUCCCCUCACCGUGGAGAUAGCAUAGGACGGACUAGAUCGUGGUCUCCUAGUGUCCCUCCCCCACAAAGUCGGAAUGUGGAUCAGGGACCACGAGGGACACGAUCUACUCCUGCUCAUUACAAUACCCUGAACCGAAUGGAAAGACACCGUAUAAUAGAUGACCACUACUCCCCGGACAGAGAGAGUCAUUAUGUUACUUUACCUCGUUCCCGGUACACGCAGUCCACAGAUCACCAUCGUAGAGAUGCCAGCCAGGAUCACACAAUGUAUCCUCUUUUUUGCGAAGAUGCAAUCAGAUUACUUCGCUCCCGUAAGAUGUGCCGUACCUAUUCUGAGGGUGCUUACUAUGAUCUUGAGAGGAGGACUAGGCAUGAGAGAAGAGUGCCUAAUACAUAUUAUGAUGACACAACCUAUACUCCUGAAAGGUGGUACAAUGGUGCAAGUUCAUGGGCAGAUCAUGUAGUCAAUGGUUCAGCUGAAAAUUAUGGGAAUUGUGAAGCAGCAGAUAGACAGCCAUAUCAAAGAUCCAGAUCAACAGAGCAACGUCCUAUGCUAGAGCGGACCAACUCCCGCUCCCGAUCCACAGAGCGUCCUGACUCAAACCUCAUCAGGUCGAUGCCUUCAUUAAUGACUGGAAGAUCUGCCCCUCCUUCACCUGCCUUACCGAGGUCACAUCCUCGAACUGGGUCUGUUCAGACAAGUCCAUCAAGUACUCCAGUAGUAGGGCGAAGGGGCAGGCAGUUACCACAGCUCCCACCAAAAGGGACGUUGGAGAGAAACAAUGGAGACAAGGAGAUAGAACCUUUUGAAGAAGAAAAGAAAGCAGAUCCAGAGAAUGGGGAUACAGGUUCAAUGGAUGUAGAAGAGAGGAAUCGCCAAAUGAAAAUGAGCAAGUACAAACAGGUAGCGGGAUCAGAUUCCAGGCUGGAACAAGAUUAUCAUUCAAAGUAUCGGUCGGGACGGGAUCCUCAACGAGGCUCCGACAAUGUUUCCAAUAAGUCCUCAGACAGCGACGUCAGCGAUGUCUCAGCUGUGUCUCGGACAAGCAGCGCUUCUCGUUUCAGCAGCACGAGUUACAUGUCUGUCCAGUCAGAGCGGCCAAGGGGAAACAAGAAAAUAAGAAGAACGAGGGAUAUAGAGGAAAAAAAAGAGGGGGGGUUGGAAGGGGAUGAACAAGAUGAAAUAUUUCCCGAGGAAGAGGAAAAAGAGGAGGAGGAGGAAAAAGCAAAGGAGCAAGAAAUUAAUGAAAAAGGGGAAGGGCAAGAGGUGGCAGAGAACUGUGAUAAGGAAGAAAUCAAAGGAUCAGGGCAAGAUGAAAAAGCUCAAGAAGACCAAGCAGAGGAGGGAAAAGAGGAUGACAGUGUCUUUACAUCCAAAAUGCAAAGCAGACAGAUGGGCGCCUCAGGAAAGAACAUGACUAAGAGCACCAGCAUUGGUGGGGACAUGUACACGCUGGAGAAAAACGAUGGCAGCCAGUCGGACACGGCAGUGGGCACCGUUGGUGGUGGCGGCAAGAAGAGACGCUCCAGCAUCGGCGCAAAGAUGGUCGCCAUCGUGGGUCUCUCGCGGAAAAGCCGUAGCACGUCACAACUUAGCCAGACCGAGGCAGGGGGUAAGAAGCUGCGGAGCACCGUCCAGAGGAGCACUGAGACAGGGUUGGCCGUGGAGAUGAGGAACUGGAUGACCCGUCAAGCCAGCCGCGAGUCGACGGAUGGGAGCAUGAACAGCUACAGCUCCGAGGGAAAUUUGAUUUUCCCUGGUGUGAGGUUGGCUGCGGAUAGCCAGUUCAGUGAUUUUCUGGAUGGUCUUGGUCCCGCCCAGCUUGUAGGACGACAGACUUUGGCAACACCAUCAAUGGGAGAUAUCCAGGUGGGAAUGAUGGACAAAAAAGGACAGUUGGAAGUAGAAGUUAUCCGAGCCCGUGGCCUUGUUGUAAAACCAGGUUCAAAGACACUGCCAGCACCAUAUGUAAAGGUGUAUCUAUUAGAAAAUGGAGUCUGCAUAGCCAAAAAGAAAACAAAGGUAGCAAGAAAAACGCUGGAACCGCUUUAUCAGCAACUUCUAUCAUUUGAAGAAAGUCCCCAAGGAAAAGUUUUACAGAUAAUUGUUUGGGGAGACUAUGGACGUAUGGAUCACAAAUCCUUUAUGGGAGUGGCACAGAUACUUUUAGACGAACUGGACCUGUCCAACAUGGUGAUUGGGUGGUUCAAACUCUUCCCUCCUUCUUCCCUAGUAGACCCAACUUUAGCUCCUCUCACCAGAAGAGCUUCCCAAUCAUCUCUUGAAAGUUCAACAGGACCUUCAUAUGCUCGCUCAUAGCGUCUGUGAAACUGUUGUCAUAGCAACCAGCGUUACAAAAAAAAAAAAUUACAGGUCGCAAACCCUGGUAACACUGCAUGCUUAAUGUUGUGUCUUCUGAGCCUGUUUCUAGGGCUAAAACGCGAUCCUGUGUUCUCAAGGAAGUUGCACACAUUGUGCCCUACAGAAGGCCCUCAGGUGAAGGACUGAAGUCAUGAGGAACUGAUAGGUUUGGAGUUCAGGGACACUCAGUUUUGGUCCAAUCUGAAGCCAUGGACUAAACUAAAAGAAUCAAUCUGUUUCAUGCAACAAAAGUCCUUUUCAAUGGCAUAUCUAUUUUGUUGCUCCCGUUUCUUUAUUUAUCUGCCCUCCCUCCCUAAAGCUUGGUUAUGCCACAGAAAUGGAGUUAACCUCCCAUGAAGCCAUGUUACAAGUCAGUGGAUUUGCAGACAUUGGAAGAAAAGAAGGAUGUAAGGAUGCUGGAAGAGUCAACUGUCAUUUGAAACAGUUACUUGAGAUCUGAAAACUCUUCAUACUGGAAAGGUUCAAGACUUAAAGUGGUGGGCUUCAUACCUCCAGCUAUAGAUACAGUGAAACCCCAGAUGUGAUGGACUCUCUGAAAAAUAAAUUCUGUGGAUAUACUGUACUGUAUGAAAUUAAAGAAACUUUUUUGCAUGGACACAGAUUUAGCUGAACACUUAAAUUAUUUUCUUGGGGCUGCAACUUGCAAAAAAAAAAAAACAAAAAACAAAAGAAUAAAUCAGCCAUUUUCAACAGUUUAUAUUAUUUUUAAAAAUAAAUUUCACUAGUGCAUGGUUUUAAAGGGAAGAGAAUGCAACAGGGUGAUACAAAGACACACCACGUUUAUCAUUCUUUAAACCAGUCAUGGUCUGUAUUUUUGCAGACGUAUAUUAAAAAUAAAAAAAAAUAAUUUCUAGCAAAUAUUUAAAAUUCUGUUUAUGUGACAAGAAAUAAGUGUAAUAUAUUAAAUUUAUUUAAAUGUAAAAGGUACAAGCCUUGUAAAGUUCAACAUAAUGUGCAAAUUGUACACAUCUUUUACCUCCUCCUUUCUCUAUCUCUCCUCCAAGUCUCUCUUCUUCCUUUUGCUCUUUUUCCCCUCCACCUCCCAGGAUGAUCAUCAUAAUCUAAAAUGGCUACCUUUUGACUUAUUACUCUCUUAUGCCCCAUAUUUGGUUCAGGAUUGCAGAUUGUUCUGCAUUUCUGAAUUAUUUGAGAAAAAUAUUGUUUAAGAACUUUUUUUCAAGCAUGUUGAAAAGGAUUUUGCAACAUGGCUUGGGAGUACAUUAAUGUAAUUCAGCAUGUAUUUGAUAAAAAAAAGAUAUUUGAACUUUUUGCAAUUUAUUGUACAGUGCAUGGUAACUUAUUUUCAUUUUUUUCUCACCUUCAAAUUGAAUUCUACAGCUAAAUACUGGAAUCAUGUGGCCAUUGCAAGAUGUCUUCAAUAAAUUUGUUUUCAGCACCAGCAUCAUUUAUUCAAAGGUUGAACUAUCAUUUCUUGAAGGUUUUGGAAAGAGGAAAAAUGAAGUAAAUGGUUGAUUUUUAGGAGAUAAAUUUAAACAGUUUUAUUUGCACUAAACCAAAUUGCUACAUUCUUGAGAUUAUAAAAGCAACAAAGAUUACUAAUUCUUACAGUUCUGCUGUAAAGUUCAAUUUUCAUAAACUACAUUUGUGUUGGCAAAGACAUAAUUAGGUAAUAUCAGUCUGAAAAAUGUCAAUCUUCGGUUCAUAAUGUAGCCUUAAAGCUCAUUGGUACCACUCCGGCAGUUAUUUGACACUAUUACCAGAACCCUCACUGCAGUCAACAGAUCUUCAAAAACCUGUUUUUUGUAGCAAACAGUAACUACCGUUGGGUGGUGCUGCAAGUUCAAGCUUCUCAUUAAAUUACAUUAUUUAAAGGGAAUGUAACUGGCUAACAUUUAAUAAGAAAAUGUCCCUUUUUUCUGGGUUUUUGUAUGCCUUUAUUACCUACUUAAGGUUUAAUAUUGAAACCUUGCAAUAAUUUUUGAAAUACACAUUACAUAUACCUUUCAGGCCACACAGAAUUAGUCUGAUUUUAUUUGAAAAAUCUAUUAAUGUUUCCCAUUAUGAAAUUGUACAUGCCUCAUUAGAGGGCAAAAGUAAUAAUAGUAUCACUUAAAAUGCCUUUUACUUUGUGCAAUAUCAUAUAAAUCAAGAUUGUGUCUUGUCUUCAGAGUUUAUGUAAUGGAUUAUUAAGUUAAUGAACAGACUGGUAAAAUUAUAUUUAUUGAAAUAAUUUAGACACCUGUCUACCAGCAGCAAAUAAAUAUUACCAACAUGCAGUCUACGAUAUUCCCUAGGAUUAAAGAAAAAAUACAUAACGAUUUUCCUGAUACUGUGAGAUGUGCUCACAUGUUGCUGUAUACAUUGUCCUAUAUAAAUUAUUUCAAGUUUUAAAAUCAAGGACAUGACGCAUGGAAGGUUUGUACAUACUUGUCAUUAUGCAGUAUUUAUUUAAAAAAAUUAAUGUUUUUUUUUUUUUAAUUUUCACGUCUGCAACUCUACUUAUGGUUUAGUCAUGUAAAUAGCACUAUUCCAGUGAUCACUGCUGUCUUGUACAUACUAUGUUUUAAAAAGUUAAAAGGAAUUACAGUUGGGAAAAAAAAAAAAAAAGGCAGAUUAGGCCUGUAAUGAACACUAACUAAUGUAAAUCAAACUCAUUCUGGUGAUGGUAUUUAACACUUUAAAUAAAACAUUUUCUUUAC